AUCGAUCAGCUGCCUCCUGCACACUCCCCACUUGGGAUGUGCCCGCAACCAAGAUCUGCUGAUUUGGGUCCUACUUUAUUGACAAGACCUGGACAACCAGCACUUACCAGAGUACCCCCACCUAUUCUUCCAAGGCCAUCACACCAGACAGGAAGUAGCAGUGUGAACACUUUCAGACCUGCUUACAGCUCAUUUUCUUCAGGAUAUGGUGCCUAUGGAAAUUCGUUUUAUGGAAGCUAUAGCCCUUAUAGUUAUGGAUAUAAUGGGUUAAACUAUAACCGCCUCCGUGUAGAUGAUCUUCCGCCUAGUAGAUUUGUUCAGCAAGCUGAAGAAAGCAGCAGAGGUGCAUUUCAGUCCAUCGAAAGUAUUGUACAUGCAUUUGCCUCUGUCAGUAUGAUGAUGGAUGCUACCUUUUCAGCUGUGUAUAACAGUUUUAGGGCUGUAUUGGAUGUAGCGAAUCAUUUUUCCCGAUUAAAAAUACACUUCACAAAGGUUUUUUCAGCUUUUGCAUUAGUUAGGACUAUAAGGUAUCUUUAUAGACGGUUACAACAGAUGAUAGGUUUAAGAAGAGGCUCCGAGAAUGAGGACCUAUGGGCAGAAAGUGAAAGAACUGUGGCUUGCCUUGGUGCUGAUGACAGAGCGGCUAACUCAGCAAAAUCUUGGCCAAUAUUCUUGUUCUUUGCUGUUAUCCUUGGUGGUCCUUACCUCAUCUGGAAACUGCUAUCUACCCACAGUGAUGAAAUAACAGACAACACCAACUGGGCAAGUGGUGAGGAUGACCAUGUAGUUGCUAGAGCAGAAUAUGAUUUUGCUGCCCUAUCUGAAGAAGAAAUUUCUUUCCGUGCUGGUGAUAUGCUCAACUUAGCUCUCAAAGAACAGCAACCCAGAGUGCGCGGUUGGCUGCUGGCUAGUCUUGAUGGUCAAACAACAGGACUUAUACCUGCUAAUUAUGUCAAAAUCCUUGGUAAAAGAAGAGGUAGAAAAACACUGGAAUCCAGUAAAAUUUCCAAGCAACAACAGCCUUUGACCAACACAACACUAAUUAAAGGAGCCACAGCUGCUGAUUCUUUGGAUGAACAAGAAGCUGCCUUUGAAUCUGUUUUUGUUGAAACUAGUAAGGUUCCAGUUGUACCUAGUUCCACUGGAAUAAGUGGAGAUAAACAAGAUCUUUGAUAUCUUUCAUGUUUGCCUGCAGUUGAACUAUAGAAUACUUUUUUAAAAUUACUUCUUAUAUAGGAAUUAUUCUAUAGUCCAAUGAACACACUUAUUGCUAUUCCAGGUGUUUUGCUGCUAGAAAUUGUUAAAGUGGUACACUAGUAUCUUGGUCUAGUGACCUGGUUACAUUUUACAAGUUAUUGGGCCACAAGGAUGUUUGUUUCACCUAGAUUUUAAGAUUAUGAAAAAUGUUUUAUUUUCAUCUUAUUUAAAACCUAUGUUUAUUGCCUGACCCAGUUGGAAAGUUGUCCUAUACACCAAAAAGGUUGCAGGUUCAAUCCUGGUCAGGGUACAUACCUAAGUUUUGGGUUCUGUCCCCGUUUGGGGCACAUAACAGAGACAACUGAUCUCUCCCUCUUUCUCUUUUACUUUCUCUCUCUCUCUCUCUCUCUCUCUCUCUCUCUCUCUCUUUCUCUCUCUCUCUCUUUCUCUUUGUCUCUAAAAUCAAUAAACAUAUUCUCAGGUGAGGAUUUUUUUAAAAAGUAAAACCCUAUGUUUACUGAAGGAGUAAGAGUAAUGAACUACAGAAUAUACUAUUUGCUACAGUAGAGAUUAUUACUGUUUUUAAAAUUCUACAUUAAUUGUCUUGAAAUCCUCAGAAAUUGAGUGCUAAUAUAUGAAAACAGGAAAAAAGGCUAAUUUUUUUUUUUACAACUUUAAUUAUAUUGAAUAAUAAAAAUUUUCUGAUCUGUAUUACAUUCAGUCUUGGGUUUGUUUUAGGCAAUAAAAUGUUUUUGCCCACUAACAAUUGAUACCAUUAUCAUUUAUUGUGUUUUUAAAAAUUUAUCCUGGAAAGGUCACUAGAAGCAUUGUGAAGGAGAUGGUUCUAGAGUAUAUUUAGCCCUAAUAGUUUUCCCUGCUACUAAAAAGGCUGACAUUUAUCUUUCUUACAGAUUAUUUUCAUGUCUUCUGAGGAGCAAAUAACUUUUUUCCCUUUACAAUAGGACUAGUUUUCAUCCUGGAUGGAUCAGGAUAUAGGAAAGAUUUCCUUUCUCUUUCUCCAACCAGGACUCAAGUCCUUGGAGUUUGUGCAUAAUGAUAUAGUAAAUCCUAGCAUUUAAAAUCUUUUCAUAGAUUCUCUUCUCACUAAUAUAAUUACUUUUCAAGAGUACAUAUUCAUUCAGGCUGUUCAUUGAAAAUACACUUUAUUUUAGGUUUAAUUUUUACUACUUGAGACUGUAAAUAAAAUUCUGAAUUGCCAUUUAACAUAUGAUAAAGCUAUUUGAUUUUUUUGUUUAAUAAUGACUUUAUAUGCAGUUAAAUUUCACUGAAUAUUUACACACAAAAUUGGAAAAUUUGUAUACUUGCUGUGAUUAUACUAUGAAAUAAUACUAUCAGGAAUACAGGUGUACAAGAAUAUAUUCACAGGUAUAGUAUUUCCCAUUUUGUUCUAGUGGAGGUUCUGCUUUGUUAUAGAGUAAUUAAUAGAAAUUUUAUUCUUGAAACAAAUUUUUGAUAAAUUAUUAAAUUUGGUGUUGAGACAUCUGAACUGAAUGCUGUAAGUGAAGUGUAGAGGUGAAAUGUUGAUUCAGUCUAUUUAGGUUAGAAAAGGUGAGUCUUUACAAUAGAAUUUGUGACUGGUAUUAAAGAUGUAGAGGGGAAAGAGUAUAGCACAGAAUGAAAAACAAAUAAUUUCACUUUUCUUAGAGUGUUUAUUGUAAUCUUUUUUAUUAUGACAGUUUUAGUAUACUUUUUUUAGAUGAUAUUAAAUGUAAUGUUCAAGGCUUCAAUAUUGUUAUUUUUAGGAACUUAUUUAAGGAGUACCACUUUACAGAAAUUACUAAAACCAAACAUUUUCAGUUAAAUAAAUUAAUAAAUCACAAAUUACAAUAAGAAAACAGGUUUUAUUUACAGUUUUUUUUUCUGAUUUUAUCAGUUUAGAAAGGAAAAGGUAAAAAGACAAUUUUCAUGUUUUAACAUGUUAUUUAUGUACUUGAUUUAGUCUUUCAAUUUGUCAUAAUUACACAUUUACUUGAAUCUAGCAGUCCUUUAUCUUUAAUGGAAAAAACAAAUUGAAUGCAGUUAAAAUUUUAUUUUUAAUUGUGAAAUUACUUUUAUUGGACAAAUAAAAAUACA